AUGGCACCAAAGAUCGACCCCAACGAGGAGAAAAUCAUCCACCUCCGUGCCACCGGUGGUGAGGUGGGUGCUUCAUCCGCGCUCGCUCCAAAGAUCGGUCCUCUUGGUCUCUCGCCCAAGAAGGUCGGUGAAGAUAUCGCCAAGGCAACUGGCGACUGGAAAGGUCUCCGUGUGACCGUCCGUCUCACCAUCAAGAACCGUCAAGCCGCCGUCUCCGUCGUCCCCUCCGCUUCGUCGCUCGUCAUCAAGGCCCUCAAGGAGCCACCGCGUGACCGCAAGAAGGAGAAGAACAUCAAGCACACCAAGUCCAUCCCACUUGAAGAGAUCAUCACGAUCGCCCGCACGAUGCGCCACAAGUCCAUGGCCAAGGACCUCAAGGGUACCGUCAAGGAGAUGCUCGGAACUGCUUUCUCGACCGGUUGCCAGGUCGAUGGUCGCUCACCAAAGGCCGUCUCUGACGACAUUGAGAGCGGCGAGAUCGAGAUUCCAGAGGAGUAA